AUGUCAUACAAGUUAAGCAUCAUCGGUUCCGGAAACUUCGGCAGCUGCAUUGCACGCCACUGUGCAGCUAACAUCAAGAAUGUUCCAUCAAUGGAUCAACACAUUAAGAUGUGGGUUCUCGAAGAAGUCGUCAAUGGCGAAUCUCUUAUCCACACUAUCAACACUACACACGAGAAUAUCAAGUAUCUCCCAGGAUACAACCUCGGCGAAAACGUCGAAGCAAUUGGCGACGUCGUCGAAUGUUGUGACGCAGAUUUCUUCAUCUUCGUCGUUCCACACCAGUUCCUCCCAGCAACACUCGAGAAGAUGAAAGGCCACGUCAAGAAGACUGCUACAGGUUGCCUCCUCACAAAGGGAAUCAACUUCAAGGAUGGCAAGAUCCAGCUCCUCACAGACACAGUCGAAGAAAUCCUCGGCAUCAAGUGCGGUUCUCUCAUGGGUGCCAACAUUGCUAACGAGAUUGCUCGCGGUGACUUCUGCGAGUCAACAUUAGCAUUCCCAGACAUCCCAGAGCGCGAUACAUGGAAGCAGCUCUUCGACUCACCAAAGUUCAAGAUCUCAUGCACCAACGACAUUGUUACACAGCAGUUGAGUGGCACAAUGAAGAACAUCAUUGCCAUCGGCGGCGGCAUUGUUGAUGGCCUUAACAUGGGUCAGUCAACAAAGGCAGCAAUCCUCCGUGAAGGCUUCGUCGAGAUCUACGAGUUCGCCAAGAUGAUGUUCCCAGACAGAGGCGUCGACAUCCUCACAAUGAUUGAGUCAUGUGGUUUCGGCGACAUUGUUGCCUCAUCAUACGGUGGCCGUAACAGGAAGUGCGCCGAGUACUUUGUCAAGUCAGGCAAGUCAUUCAAAGAGUGCGAAUCAGAACUUCUUAAUGGUCAGAAACUUCAAGGUACACUUGCCGCUGCAGAGGUCUACAAGAUCUUAGAAGAACGCAAUGCAACAGACAAGUUCCCACUCUUGACAACGAUCCAGCUCAUCAGCGAAAGAAAAGUUGACACGUCCGAGAUCAUCAACUACAGAUCUAACAAGGCAGCAAAGACAGCAUCUGCUUAA